AUGCCCCCAGCCGAGUGCCUCUGGAAAGGCCCCAUCCCAGCGGGAACGGGCUCAGAGGUCGGGCGGCAAGUGGCCCGGGCCCCUGCGGCCAGGCCAGUGGAGUCCGCCUGCAGCUCGCUCACCAAGGCGGGCAGCAAAUGCAGCCAGCUGGCCAGCGAACCGCAGUGCGGGAAGGUCGGGAAGCCCAAGCAGGUCCUCUCCCUGUCCCCAUCCACCUCUCCGGACAGCAUAGCCAGGCACCACUCUGCACUGCUGUCCCAGGAUGACAGUGGCAGGGGCCCGUUGCCGCUCCUGCGCCCAGGGAAGUACGUGGCCAUCGACUGUGAGAUGGUGGGCACCGGCCCUCGGGGGAAGCUGAGCGAGCUGGCACGGUGCACCGUGGUGAACUACGAGGGGGAUGUUGUCUAUGACAAAUACGUCCAGCCCGAGCUCCCCAUCGUGGACUACCGGACGCGCUGGAGUGGGAUCACGAAGCAACACAUGAAGAAUGCAAUUCCUUUCAGGGCUGCUCAGGCAGAGAUCCUGAAGAUCUUGAAAGACAAGAUUGUGGUAGGACACGCCAUCCACAAUGACUUCCAAGCCUUGAAAUACUUCCAUCCAAAAGACAGGACUCGAGACACCAGCCGGAUUCCUUUGCUGAACCAGAAGGCAGGAUUCCCUGUUAAAGUCAGUGCCUCUCUCAAGAGCUUGGCCAAGCACCUGCUCCACAAAAAGAUCCAGGUCGGCCACAAAGGGCAUUCAUCGGUGGAGGAUGCGCAGACAACCAUGGAGCUUUACAGACUGGUAGAGGUGCAGUGGGAGAAGGAGCUGGCCAGCAGCCUGCCCCCCAGGCCUCCCAGCCCCAUUGCAGACAGCAGCACAGACAGCGACCAGUACAUGGAUGACCAGUACUGGCCCUCAGACCUGAACACAGAUAGCCUAUGAAGGGCGACAGCUUCUCCUCCGUGUGUUUUGAGACAUCCUGGUGCCUUCAGCUAUUAAAAGCAGAGGUGGCUGCUGGUGCCUGUGUGGUGGUCUUUGGGGUGCUUCCUUCCCCUAAGGCUUGUACCCCAAAUGCUCUGCCCAGCAGUGGUGUCUCAGUACGGACGAUGAUGCGGUUGCUUCUGUCACCACCCAGCCAGUGCUGAGGGAAACACAGGUGGCAGUGCUGGGAAGUCAGACACCCCUGGCACUGCCAGUUCGGUGGGAGUAUUUGGGGAUGGAAAAACGGUUGCACUUUGGAACUCCUGUAGCUUUGGACCUGCCAGAUCCCUCCCUGGCUUUGUUGUGAUUUUUUUGACAUCUGAGAAUCCCCUUAGGAGGUGUGAAGUGUCUCUCGGGCAGAGGUGGUUGGGGGACCUCCGUGCUCCCAAGUUCUGCCUGAUUACCCUUAGGCUUUCCAAAGGAAGUGCUGGGGAGGUUGUUCCCUUCCUUGCCUUUGGCCCCUGUGGCAUGUAACCCCAUCCUUCCCCCAGCCCAGGUCAGGUAGGACAGAGCACCCUGGCCUCUGGGACAUGGUGGGCCACUGUGUACCCCUUCCCUCCUGAGCCAGCCUGUACCUCGGGGCACCGGCUGCGGCAGGCUGCAACCUUGGUGAUGGUCAACCACAACCAUCCUGUGGGAGGGAGAAUGGGCAGAUCCAUGCUCUGUGGCCACAGCAGUUGGCUGCCUGCUGUCGGAGGCUGUCAGCCAGGGAUCUUGGAGUCAUACACCAUGAUCUCCUGCCUGUGCCCCCUCCCCAUGGUUGCUUUCACUUGGGGAGGGAUAUGUUUAGUGUUGCUCUGGGUACCUCAGGGCGGCAUCUCCCCAAAACACUGUCUGCAGCCUCUCGCUGUCACAUGAGAGCCUUUCCACAGGAAAGUGUUGUAGCUGGGCUGUGUUGAUUUGUCACUCAGUGCUCUGGGAUGACCAGGGCCACAGCACCAGCUGGGAAGACCCCCUGUGAGCAUGCGAUGGCUGUGGUGGUGGGCUAGGACUGUCAGGGGACCUAUAUAUGAUGCCCUCUCAGAGGGCAGGAAGAGAAGCCCUCCAUGGUGGUGGGCAAGUGACUAGUCUUGCUGCUAAUUUCUUACCUCUUCCCUGAAUCUGUAGUGUUGAACAGGACCUCGCUGUGACCCUGUGAAAUGGUCAGAAGGAAAAGCAGUGUUUCCUUCUUCCUGAACAUGCAGCCACGUGGGCCAAUUAUUUCAGAAUUGUGGAAGAAUUCAAGUUGGCAGGGAUUUCUGGAAGUCAUCUAGUCCAUAAUGUACAUCACAGCCUUAGUACAGCAGUUUAUUGCUGUCUUGCUGACACUGAAAAACUGCGGACCAUCCAGGGCCAGUUAAAUGACUAGUUUUCUUCCCACCUUCAUUUCACAAUGAAGGCCAAAAAAAAAAAAAAAGUCCAGGUUUAAUCAGUGUCUAAUUCCCCCCAAGACACAAUAGGAUGCACUGGAUUUUAAACAGAGUAUUCGUACAUUUGUCAAAUUGUGAAUUAAAAAUCAUUA